UCCGUUACGGCCAGUGCAUUGAGUCGGUUGUGUUUUCGUUCGUUCGUUCGUUCGUUCGUGUCUGCCGUUCAGUUUCGUUCCUUCUUUUUUUUGUGGGUAAUUCUGCACGUGUUGACUGCUUCGGAGUGGCAGACAAAUCACACAGCAGUGGAAAAUAAUUAAUGCUGGAGUAGUGCUUUUUCUGAUUGUCGCCACAGGUGGAAGCGCAGACACGCUGAAGCAGCAAGCCACAUGAUAAUAUGGAUAGCAGUCCAAAGCCGGAACGUAAAAAUCCGCGUCAUGGUGCAAAUAUCUUCUCACAGUUGAUAUUUGUAUGGGCGCUGCCAUUGCUCUACCGAGGAUCUCGUCGCGGCCUAAACACAGAUGAUCUAACGGAGUGCCUUGAGGAGGAUCACUCGGAGCAGCUGGGCGAUCGUUUGGAGGAUGAGUGGUACAAGGAGGUGGAGCGUGCACAUCGCAAAUCCAAGAAGCCGCGUCUCAGGAAUGCUUUAUUUCGGUGCUUUCUGGGUCCCACGAUCGUUAAUGGACUUAUUUGCUUGAUUUAUAUAGUGAUCAAAACCCUCAUACCCGCGGUACUGGCACAGUUAUUGCUGCAGUUUCAAAAGCUGCCAGAUCCGGUCGCAGGCGUCAAGGAAUUAUCUUUAACUGAGACGCUGAAUAGAACUGCACGCGCCAUAGGCACGGUGGCCAAGGCUGUGGCAGAUCUAAGCGGCACAGGCAGCGAAGCUAAUUCCCCCAAUGCCAUAAGCGAAGGUGAUGUCAGCAAGGAGUACAUACAACUCUCCAACGCGGAGUCUUACCCCAGCAAUGCCAGCGUUCUGCGUAAUAGCUUCGAGCAGGCCACUGACUACGUUUGGAAUGAUGCCUACAGUCUGGGCUGUGUGCUUGUGGGCUCUACGCUCUUUGGCUGCUUUCUGCUGCAUCAUGUGGAUCUGCGUCAGCGGCUGAUGGGCGCACGCAUGCGCAUUGCCUGCUGCUCGCUGAUCUAUCGCAAGACACUCAGACUCUCCAUGAAGACGGCGGGUCAGACGCCAGCGGGUUACCUCAUCAAUCUGCUCUCGAACGAUGUAAAUCGUUUGGAUUAUGGCUUCAUAUUUAUGCACUGGAUAUGGAUAAUGCCCAUGCAGGCGGUGCUCACGUGUUACCUCAUUUGGCUGCGCAUUGGCAUCCCGGCGCUGGUGGGUGUCAUUGGAUUGCUGUUGAAGACCAUACCCGUGCAGACGGCGCUCAGCAAGCUGACGUCUGUGUUGAGGAUGCGGAUUGCAGAGCGCACGGACGCACGUGUGGGCAUCAUGAAUGAGCUGGUGCAGGGCAUACAGGUGAUCAAGAUGUAUGCCUGGGAGCGACCCUUUCAGGCAGUCGUCGCUGAGGCGCGACGCAGCGAGAUCCAACAGAUACGCUAUGCAUCGUACCUGCGUGGCUUCUACCUCAGCACCAUGGUGUUCACGGAGCGUUCCACACUCUACAUCACCCUAGCAGCAGCUGCUCUCAUGGGUCAGCCCAUCACCGCGGACUUUGUGUUCUCCGCGGCCAGCUACUAUAACAUUCUGCAGCUGGUGGCUGCCAUUUGGUAUCCCCUUGCCAUUAGUUUCGGUGCCGAAGCAUUGGUCUCGCUGCGGCGCAUACAGGACUAUCUACAGCUGGAGGGACGCGAUGAGAAAACACACGGAUUGACGCACAAGCAGAAUCGGGAGGGUGGCGAUACGCGGGCUGUCAUCCUCAAGGACAUCAAUGCCAGUUGGGACAUUGAGAAGCCGCUGGCACAGCGCACGCUCCAAGGCAUCAAUCUGCAAAUCGAAAAGGGUCAACUCUGCGCCGUAAUUGGUACUGUUGGAGCUGGCAAGAGCUCGCUGCUGCAGCUGCUGCUGGGCGAGCUGCCAAUCAUUGAUGGUGGCGUCGUCAUCCAAGGGGAUCUCUCAUAUGCCGCCCAGGAGCCGUGGCUCUUCACGGGCACCGUGCGCAAGAAUAUACUCUUCGGAGAGGAGUACGAGCGGAAGCGCUAUCAGGAGGUGGCACGUUGUUGUGCGCUCACCACGGACUUUCAGCAGCUGGCCAACGGCGACAAGACGGUGGUGGGGGAGCGUGGCGCCUCGCUCUCGGGUGGCCAGCGUGCGCGCAUAAGCUUGGCUCGUGCAGUGUACAAACCCGCCUCGAUCUACCUGCUGGAUGAUCCACUUAGCGCUGUGGAUGCGCAUGUGGGACGACAUUUGUUCGAUGAGGUCAUAGGACCACGCGGACGCUUGGCACAACAGAAGGCCACGCGUGUGCUGGUCACGCAUCAGGUGCACUUUCUGGCCGAGGCGGACGUGAUUGUCAUUGUGGAUCAGGGACGGAUACUGAGGAAGGGCACCUAUGAGGAGCUGAUCAACAGCGAACUGGACUUUGGCAAGCUGCUGGAGCGACCCAAAGAGGAUGAGACAGAGACUAGCAGCAGACUGAACACAUCAUCGCCCACGAUCAGUGGCCAUGAGCUGGAGGAUGAGGAUGAGGACAUACCCUACAUCGAUGGCGUGCGCGAUGGCUAUCAGCCGUUGCGGAAACAAAGCAACUCCACGCAUGGCAGCAAAUCGCUAAACAGCAGCGAUCAAACGGACUUGGAUCAGGAUGAGGAUGAUUUGGCGGAGGCGCAGGCCUCGGGUGGCAUCUCGCCGCGCGUGUGGUACGAGUAUUUCCAUGCGGGCAGCACUUUCCUGAGCUUUAGCUUUAUGGUUUUCGUCAUGCUGAUGUCACAGGUGGUGUGCAGCAGCUCGGACUUCUUCUCGAACAUCUGGACACAGCAGGAGCAUCAGCGUACGCUCGGCGAACCCACCAGCUUCACCACCUUCGAGUGCAUGUACAUCUACGGUGGUCUCAUCAUUGCUGUCGUCAUUAUGACCACUUUUCGUGGGUUUUUGUUCUUUAAAACCUGCAUGCACGCGUCCAAGGUGCUGCAUGAUCGCAUGUUUGGCUGCAUUUUGCAUGCCACAAUGCGGUUCUUCGACACGAAUCCAUCGGGCAGAAUUUUGAAUCGCUUCUCCAAGGAUAUGGGCGCCAUUGAUGAGCUGCUGCCGCGUGCCAUGAUGGACUUUAUACAGAUUGCCUUGGUCAUGUUUGGCAUCCUAAUUGUCAUCUCUGUGGUCAACCCGGUGCUGAUGGCUGCCAUGCUUGUGGUGGCCGUGAUCGAUAUGCUCAUUCUGAAGCUGUACCUGCGACCAUCGCAGGAUUUGAAGCGAUUGGAGGGCAUUUGCCGCAGUCCUGUCUUCUCACACUUGAGUUCAUCGCUGUCCGGACUGGCCAUCAUACGCUCGCGACAGCUGCAGGAUGUGGUGGCCAAGGAGUUUGAUCUGCUGCAGGAUGUGCACAGCAGCGUUUGGCAGCUCACGAUGGCGGUGAAUACAGCGCUGGGUCUGUGGCUGGACUGCGUCAGUUGUGUCUUCCUCACGACGGUCACCUUUAGCUUUAUUAUCAGCAAUGAAUCCACUUACAGCGGCAAUGUGGGCCUGGCCAUUUCCCAGGCCAUGAUACUCACGGGCAUGGUGCAGUAUGGCGUACGACAGGUGGCCGAAUCGCUGCAGCAAAUGACCAGCGUGGAGCGUGUUCUGCAGUACACCGAACUCGAGCAGGAACCGGCUGUAAGUGAGAAGGAGCCACCCGCACAGUGGCCCAGCCAUGGGCAGGUGGAGCUGCGUGACAUGAGCUGUCGCUACGAUCCGAAUGGCUCGCCGGUGCUCAAGCAGCUCAGCCUCACCAUCGAAGCGGGCUGGAAGGUGGGCAUUGUGGGACGCACAGGCGCUGGCAAAUCCUCGCUAAUUGGCGCGCUCUUUCGACUGGCACACAUCGAGGGUGGGAUCUAUAUCGAUGGCAUAGAUACGGGCAGCAUUUCGUUGGAGAUUCUGCGCACGCGCAUCUCGAUUAUACCCCAAGAUCCGGUGUUGUUCUCGGCCACCAUUCGCUAUAAUUUGGAUCCCUUUGAGCGCUACACGGACGCUGAGUUGUGGCACGCGCUGGAGGAUGUGGAGCUGCGUGGCGCCAUACCUGGACUGGACUACAUGGUCACGGAGCGUGGCAGCAACUUUAGCGUGGGUCAGCGACAGCUGCUGUGUCUCGCACGGGCCAUACUGAGGAACAACAAGGUGCUGGUGCUGGAUGAGGCCACAGCCAAUGUGGAUCCACAAACUGAUGCCCUCAUCCAACGCACCAUUCGGGUUAAGUUCCAGCAGUGCACUGUGCUCACGGUUGCCCAUCGGCUGCACACAGUCAUGGAUUCGGAUCGCAUAAUUGUCAUGGAUGCCGGCACAGCUGUGGAGUUUGAUGUGCCCCACUUGCUGCUCAAAAAGUCACGCGGACAUCUACGACAAAUGGUUGAAGCCACCGGCAGUGAGGCGGAUGGACUGAAGAAGGUGGCCAGCGAUACGUUCAAGCGCAUGCAGCGACAAAGGGAGAGCCAAAGGGAGCGGCAGGAUGAGCAGCAGCAGGGGGAGUAAGUGGCCGUGGGGGGACAACCCCACCGUGAUACGCAUUUACCCGCACAGCUCACAGCUGCACGUACCAAAAUGAUUUUUUCUUUGCUUUACAUUAAUUCAUACAUAUUAUGUAUGUAAUUUACAUAUUUCCAUGUACUUAGCCUUUAGUUUAGGUUUUUUGACUAACGAAAAGUCUUGAUUGUGUGCUGCCCUUAUAUGUAUUGUAUUUAGUUAUUAAAUAUGUUUAAACUCUGCACUCAAAAAGAGAGAAAACGCCAGUGAAAAUGUAC